GAGUUGCAUAGGUCAAAUGCAGUAGUUUAUUGAAACAGAUUCCCUUUGACCCGUGACAUUUUAAGUGGUGACUACUAGACCAAUGGAAUGGAGUGCAAAGAACAUUUCAGUUACCUCUGCUAAAUGGGUCACUACUACUCUGUCUCUGCUCUCCCUGUUUUGGCUCUUGUCCCUGCACCAAGCAAGAGCUGCAAAGUUCCACAAUGUGAGUGGCUUGAGAGGGAAAAAGCCAGUUGUAGCAAAUGGGUGCAAUUUGUUCCUGGGAAGUUGGGUGGUUGACACGUCUUAUCCUCUCUAUGACUCUUCAACAUGCCCCUUCAUUGAUCCCGAGUUUGAUUGCCAAAAGUAUGGAAGACCUGACAAACAGUACCUCAAAUACGCUUGGAAACCUGAUUCAUGUGCCAUACCCAGGUUCGAUGGUGCGGCUUUCCUGAACAGUUGGAGGGGUAAGAAGAUAAUGUUUGUGGGUGACUCACUGAGUCUCAACAUGUGGGAAUCACUGUCCUGUAUGAUUCACGCGUCGGUGCCAAAUGCCAAGACCGGCUUUUUGAGAAAAGAAUCACUGUCCACUGUGACCUUCCAGGACUAUGGAGUAACUAUACAGCUAUACCGCACACCGUAUUUGGUAGACAUAAUUCGUGAAAAUGUGGGGCGAGUGCUUACAUUGGACUCCAUUGUUGCUGGAAAUGCGUGGAAAGGCAUGGACAUGCUGAUUUUCAACUCGUGGCAUUGGUGGACCCACACUGGAAAAUCUCAGGGGUGGGAUUAUAUUAGAGAUGGACCCAAUCUUGUGAAGAACAUGGACCGUUUGGAGGCCUACAAUAAAGGAUUAACCACUUGGGCUAAUUGGGUUGAUCAGAAUGUUGAUCCCUCCAAAACUAAAGUCUUCUUUCAAGGCAUUUCUCCUACACACUAUCAGGGCAAGGAUUGGAAUCAACCAAAAAGAAGCUGUAGUGGAGAGCUUCAACCAUUGUCUGGAUCAACAUAUCCAGCAGGUCUACCUCCAGCAACUACCAUAUUGAACAAUGUGUUAAGGAAGAUGAGUACUCCAGUUUAUCUACUUGAUAUAACACUCCUCUCACAAUUAAGGAAGGAUGCUCACCCUUCUGCUUAUAGUGGGGACCAUGCAGGCAAUGACUGCAGCCACUGGUGCCUACCAGGAUUACCGGACACUUGGAACCAGCUCCUAUAUGCAGCUCUCACCAAAUGAAGGUGAAGGCCCCAUACAAAUUGAUCCUUUUCUUCAUCCCUUGGUUAUAUAUUCAGCUAGUGUUUUUAGAAUUUCUUUAUUAUUUGGGGGAUAUAUAGAUACUACAGAGGGGUGAAACUCAAUUGUAAAAUUAUAUAUAGGAUUCUUGGAAGAAUAAUUUACAAAACAAAAUAAGUUCCUUAGAGAUCAAAAUUGUUGCAUACUAAGAUGAGUACUUUGUUUACAAGGGUUCGUAAACUAAUUUUAUUGAAUCACAGAAUGAUGUUGAAUUCUAUCAUUGGUUGAUGCACGGAUCAUGUAUAACAUCCCAUACUUGUGACAGCUACAGGGUUAAUCGUAACUAUGAAACUGUUUCCUUCCUUCUGAGAAAGAAAGGGUCUUAUUGCA